AUGGCUCCGAUUCGAAAGCCCGUGGGACGUGAUAAGUUCGGAGCCCAAUUCGGUGCCUUCAAGACACAAGUUUACAAUGACCCUCCACGAGUCAGCCACCGAACAAUAUCAUGGAAUGCCUCCGGCGGCCUCGUCGCCACCGGCGCCAAUGACAAGACCAUCCGGAUAUGGAACCCAGAGCGAGCAUCCACCAAAUCGCAAACCGAACUUCGGGGCCACAGCCACUCGCCCGACAAAGUGCUCUUCAAUCCAGUACGCGAAUUCGAACUAGCAUCAUGCUCCUCCGAUGGCGUCCGCUUCUGGGACACACGGAGUCGGGCCUGCAUCUCCAAGCUCGCUGUUGACGGAGACCCAUUCACUCUAACCUGGUCAUCUGAUGGCAGUGUCUCAUGGCUGGCACCAAGGUCCGACGAUAAUCUCAUCCCCAUCGAAACCCGCUCCCCUAGCACACCAACCCUCCUCCCAUCACACAAACAAGACCGCCAAACCAACCAAACAACCUUCUCCAACGCCUAUCCCCCUUCCGAUCUCCUCAUCACCCAAGGUGACGGCACCAUCAAGAUCCUCGACUACCCCUCCUUCCAUCCUAUCCACUCCCUCAGCGCACACACCUCAUCCUGCCUCGCCAUCGCUUACUCCCCGGCAGGCAAUUACGUCGCCGUGGGCGGCUCGGACGCGAUGAUCAGCCUUUGGGAUACGAAGACGUGGGUUUGCAGAAGGACGGUGAGUAGUGCAAGCAGUGGGCCGAUUAGGGGGUUGAGCUGGAGUUGGGAUGGGAGGUAUAUUGUUGGGGCGAGCGAGGAGGUGACUAGUUCGGGCGGAGCUGUGGGCGGUGGUGGUGGCGAGGCUCAGGGGCUCGAAAUCUAUCAUGCCGAGAGUGGUGAGGUGGUGCACACUGUCCCUACGGGUGGAGCGGGUAUACCAGCUGUAGCGUGGCAUCCGAGUCGGUAUUGGCUGGCGUAUACGGUCGUAGACGAGACAAGGAGUAAGGCUGGCGGCAGUGGGCUGAGGAUCGUGAGUGGACCGAGCAUGUAG